GGGGGGGGUUGACGGAUAGAACUAUUCAUUUUGAUCUGUUGCUAUGCAUGCUUAGUUUUUACUGCAGCAAAGUUUCAUUUUUACUUUGUACAAUAUUUAAUUCCUGUAUUUUGAGUUGCAGAAAAUUAAUUUUCCUCCUGCCUUGGGCAAAAUAAUUUCUUUCAGCUCUUACCAGCCAACCGGGGAGGGAAGGGGGGGGCACCAAAAUAUCAUUUAGCAGAGAGUAGAAAUAGAAUUUAAUAAAGUAAAUUUAAAAAAAAAUGAAAAUAAACUUAUUUGAUUACCUGAUUUAAACAGGUAGCUUGGAAAUAUACAUGUAUAUAAAUGGGUUUUGAUUUUCUUAUGAAAUAUAUAUGUGAAUGGGUAGGGAUUUUCACAUAAAUCAAUAUAUGAACGGGAGGUGUUUUUCAAACCCCAACCGGACGUCUGCACCCAAAUUUUUAGGUUGAGACCCCCUGUGUACCAACCAGGCCAGGAUAUGGACAACUUUAGAAUUAGUACAUUUCCCCAUAUAAUUCUUAUGUCACAAUGCUUAUGUUGUUAUAUCACAGAAAACACUGAUUUUUCAAGGACGUCAUAUAUAAUCGUUGUAAUUCAUUCAUAAAAAAAAACAAUUUGAGAUGUGGUGUAUUUAUUUUCAAAAUGCUAUGUAUAAAUAUUCAAAAUAAAUACAUGAAAAUAUAAUAGCAUAACAAACAGGGGGUGGGGAGUCUUGGGUCUUAUGAUAUAAGAUAUUUAUAAGUAUAAAGCCAAACAAUUGGACUGUUUGAAAAUAACACAAAUAUACAAUAAACAUUACAAAUAUGUAACAUUUACAAAAGUGAAAAAUUAAUUAAAAAAAAUCUAAGUUUGUUUGUUUUUUUUUCUUCUUUAAUACUGUUCUUAACCAUAGACUACAUGUCUCUCCUCAAAUUAACAUGCAAAUUGUUAUGUUUAGUGCAGUGAAAAGAAAAAUGCUAUGAAGGAACAUAGGCAAAGAAAAUUUGACUUUUGAUUUUAAGCCCUUUUUUUUACGGUCAACUGCCACCGACAAUAUUUAUUUAUUGUAUACAUGUACAUGCUUUGUACAUUUGGCGAGCAGAUCGAGUGAAAAAAGAUUGUAUGAUAUCAUUAUUUUGUGUCAGAAUUCUUUAAAAUAUUUUCAAGUGUGACAAGUCAAGUUUAUUUAUUUUCCAUCUUAAUACAUGUAGGUGCCAGAAUAUUUAUUUCCAAAAUCUGCCAGCACCCGGUCCCUUUCAGAAUCAAUGGUCGUCCCCUUAUCACUAUUUGAGAUUUUGCUACACUUUACCUAUUGACAUCAAUCAUGCACACAUUGCUUUUUUUUUGUGACGUAAAACAUUUUAUCUAAUAUGACAGUAAUAUUUUUAGAUGGAAAUACUUUUAAGAUCCGUCACUUAUCUAUUUCCUGUUUGCUGCUUACAUAUUUCAUAUUAGAACACCAUCUUAUUUCUAUGAAAAGUAAUCACUAACAUCUCUGUUAAUUCUGUCUUUAACAUUGUUUUUUUCAAAGGACAUGAACGAAAAGGGACUUGUCUGACAUGAAAGUCCAUCCAUAUAAGACCAAAGAAAUUGGUAGUUUCUGGGAGUACAUGUACAUCAAAUUUGUGUAUGAUUAACAUACUAUCUAACAAAAUAUUAAUUGUACUGUCCACCGCGCGCGAAAGUAGUCAAGAAGACAUUAUUAUUUUUUCAGCGAUUGACAGGCUACAUGUAAUCGUUAUAAAUGUUAACUUCACGUUUCUUAUGCAAGCAAAUUUAAUAAACAAUGAUGUUAUACCGUUGGGUUUUUUUUUUCACCUUACAUAGGGCUUUAUUUCUGAUCUUAUUUCUGUGUACACAAUUCUAAAUCUACAUAUUUCACCUUUAUCAAUAUUAGGAAAUCCGUUUGGACGAUUCCAUAUACCAUUAUAAUGAUGUUUUAGGGGUUUUUAGCUUCAGUGUCGAGUUGGUGUAUAGUAUUAAGGGUUGUCUGCUAGAAAUAAAUAAUUUUUCUGAUAGAUUAACUAAAUUCAAAACCAUUAUAAAUAUAGUUAAAUUAUAUAUUUUAUUUAACUGAGUAAAUUGAUCGGAAUGUGAAUGAUACAUAGACCUAAAAUUCUUAUUAGUCUAUUCCAGUCAUGACAUUUGCGCGGGAAUUUCAUUUCAUUGGCAUCGUUAUUUAAUUUUACUUUGGAUUAUUGUUAGACUGGUUCCCGAUCGCAAUAUUCAGUAUGUUACACAUAUACCAAUAUAAACGAUUUCUUGACGAUUGUUUUAUAAUUUGGAAUUCGGAUAUAUCUGUCUCAGAUUUUCAUUCUGAUUUAAAUUCUUUAAACCCACAUAUUCGUUUCACAAUUAACAGAAAUGUCAACAAAAUGCCGUUUUUGGAUAUUUUAGUACUUAUAACGGAAGACAAUGAAAUUGUCACAGAUAUCUUUUCUCAAGACACCGGGGCCUCGGUGGCCGAGUGGUCUAAGUAGUUACUACUGUAAUCACUAGCCAGUCAACACUGAGGUUGUGAGUUCGAACCCCGCUCGUGCGGGUGCACUCGACUCCAAUCUUAAUUGACUAGGAUUGUCAGUUUUCCUAUCGAAGGUCGGUGGUUUUCUCUGGGCGCUCCGGCUUCCUCCACCAAUAAAAACUGGCCGCCACAAAAUAGCCCAAAAGCGGUGCUUAAAAGUGGCGUUAAAACACCAAAAAUCAAUCAAUCAAUCUCAAGACACCGAUACACAUAUGUAUUUAAAUUUUUACUCAAAUCAUCCAAAACAUGUAAAAUUAAAUAUACCUUUUAAUCUAGCGUCAAGAAUAAUUACCAUUACAAGUACAGAACUAUUACGCAAAUAAAAGAUUGAAAAAAAAUUAAAAGUGUAUUUAAAAAAGCAGCAAUAUCCGGAACAAGUGAUAGAUUACAGAAUUCAAAAGGCACUGAUAAAAGGACCAAUCAUUACAGAAUCACGGCGAUCCGAAACAACUGAAGAAUCAUCAAACAGUUUAGACAAAAGUAUCCCGUUUGUCACAACAUAUAACCCACGAGAUUAUGAUAUAUUUAGUUUCAUGCGACAAAUUGAAAAUAAUUUACACAAAAGUGAAAAAAUGGACAAAGUAUUACAAAAAAAGAAGAUUAUCAACAGUAAAAGACAGUCAAAAAGUCUAAAACGAUAUUUAACAUCUUCAAAAUUCGACUUUAAUGAAACUUUGCCUAUUGUUAGAAAAUGUACCGAUAAACGAUGUAUGACAUGUCCAGAUUUAAUAGAAGAAAGUUCAAUUUAUUUCAAAAAUGGAAAGCAUUUCACAGUUAAACAAAAUAUGGCUUGUAAAAGUUCAAACGUCAUUUAUUCUCUCAUAUGUGCAAAUUGUGAGGAAUUCUAUAUUGGAGAGACAAAAACAGAACUGCGGACUAGAAUGACUGUACAUAGACAGCAAACCAACCAUGAAGAUUUAAGAGUCAUUCUCUGUAAGCAUCAAAAUCAUGUGGAAAUGACAUGUCACAGAAUUGGUUCAAAAUUUGUAAAAAUGUUCUAAUCGUUGAGAUAUGCCAAAAUAUACAUCAAGUUCCGCAUAAAAUUUUGUGGUUGCUAUGGUAACAGCUUGGACAGUUUUCGGUCCAUUUUUGUAAGUCAAAAAGGCUAAAAAUAUGCAAUUACAAUUGAAUGUGUAUGGCCUUUCAUAAAAUAAAAAGGAAAAAUAUGUUUGUUGUUAUGACUAAGUAUGGUUAUGACAUAUUCAAAAAAUGCAUUAAGAAAAAUAUAUUAUUUAUUAGUUUUGUCAAGAACUUAUCCCCAAAAAUUGGCAAAUUCCUUGUAUAUUGGGAGUCCCAUUUUACCCUGUUUUGAAAGCUUUGAGAAUUUUCAACCCAGAUUUUCCAGAUAUAGCUGAAUUUAUUUUUAAAUAGUUGAACCAUUGAAAAAGCAAAAUACAAAAAAUUGGGAGGGGUAUAUUUGAAAAUUUUGCACAAAUCAAUUUGUUCGAAACCAAGGUUUUGGAAAUAACUGUUUCAAAUUUUAAUACCAAUAUACUAUUUAAAUUGAUAAAGCUGCUUUAUUUGUCUUGAAAUUCUUUACACUGCUUUCUGAAAAUUUUUUUUUUUAUCAAAUCAAGUCAAAAAAGGGUUGAAUUUAUAAAUUGCAAUAAAAAAAUCCCUUUUAGUUACCUCUGUGUAGCAGGAGUAGCUUCCCCUGAAUUACUCUCCAAACAAGAUAGUACAAAUGUUCUAUGUAUGUCUGCUGUCAACAAACUUUAAUAUGAUGACAAUAUAUUUUGUAAAGUAGUAUGAAUUGUACCAUGAAUUGUGAUUUGUUUAACAUAAACAAGACUAUUUUUGAUAAUUCUAAUUGCUCAUCUGAACUAUUUAAAUUACAAUCAUUUCAUGAAUCAGAUAUUGUAAUUAUUUUGACUGAAGCCGGUAUUUUGCCACACAACUUUAGACAGUCAGAACUUUCCGUAUGUUCCACUCAUUCUAAUCAAUUGCUUAAACGAAAUGAAGUUCGGAAGAGGAGAGCUCUGUGUAUGGUGCCCAGGGUUAUAAGUACCCACCCAGAUGUAGACCAUUCAGAGAAGGGGUCGGGUCGAGCAGCUAGUAUUGGAAAAAGAAAAAGCUCUAAAUACUUGGCAGAAAGAGACAUAGUUGUUAUUCAAAAAAACCUUGGUAUCAUUUUACCUGUUGGAACUCCUUCCUGUGUAUCAUGUAAAGUCAAAAUCAAAGAUAUGGAUGAGAUGCCGUCGUUUGUUGAUCAGCAUUUGAAGAUGCAGGAUUCUGAAUUUGAAGACAGGAUACCUGUUAUAGAAGAUACCAUGUCUAGAAGAAUGCAACAGCAGGUGACUGAACUUUCACAGAAAAGAGACCACACAAGUUCAGAAGAUUUUCAUUAUUACCUUAGAGAAAAUAAACCAAAAAUUGUCCUUCAUGAUGUCAUUGAUAUUGAAAGUACAGACCAUAUCAACUUCUCUCAAAGUUUAGAGUCACAUGAAUCUCCCUUCAGUAGUCAGCAAACUUAUUUGCAAACAGAUAGUCUCACUAAGCUUAAUGAUUUUUUAAAGACCAAAGGAAUUCAGCCAUUAGUUUUACCACAACAUGCCUGGGGAACAUAUAGUCAGAAAACAAAGAAAUCAUUUGUACAUAAACUGUUUUCAUGUUUCACUGCUGUCACUGAAACAAUGUUUCCAAAUGAAAGUGAUGAAAUUCUUAAAGAAAUUCUGAAGGCUUCUGAAGUGAUUGAUAAGGAAACUGAUGUGAAUUCUGAUGUUGAGUUAUGUCAAGCUUUGGUUGAAUCUUACAAAGUUACAGAUUCCUGGCAAGUGAGAAGACAGAUUCUAUCAGUUAUUUGUCAAAAACUGAGUUUUAAAAACACAUGUGAACUUAUAGAUGGUUUGACAGAAUACCGAUAUUAUACAGCUAAAAAACAUGCAAGUGUACAAGGUUGUGCAUUACCACCAGAACAGGGCAACAAAGGCAGACAGAGAAUGGAUCCAUCCAAGUUGGAUAAUUUCUUGGAUUUUAUCACAUCGUCUCAUAUUAUAAAGGAUCUUCCUUUCGGAGAGAGGAAACUGAAGCUAGCUGAUGGAAGAUCAGUUGAUACACCAAAUGUUAUCCGAUGCAUGGCACCAGCAGCAAUUAUUGACCAGUUUAAGCAGUACUGUAGUGAGAAUGAAGUAACGCCAUUAGGAGAUAGUACCAUGUUCAAAAUUCUGUCUGAAUGUGCUGCAACAGUGAGGAAAUCCUUGGAAGGUCUGGACUAUUACAUUGCUGAGGGCGUUAGGGCUUUUCAGGACAUACAGAUAUUUUUAGAGGAACUGAGACGAACUGGAGAUUUAUCAGCAGAAGUAUUCAAGCGCCAUAUGGAUGUCCUUCUUGAGUGCAAAAGAUACCUGAAAACUGAUUACAAGGUUCAUAUAUCUAGUCAGUCUACAGUACCAGACCACUGCAAAGUAUUUGCAUUAUCAGAUCAUAAAGACCAGAAUUUCAAUUCAAAAUGUUUGCCAGAACAUGACAGUGUUUGCCAGAAUUGUGAACAAAUCAGCGAGUUUCUUAGUUCUGUCCAACAUUUGAUUGAAGAAGAAACUAUAGAUGAUCAAGAUAUAUACAGAUACAAAAUCAAUCAGGCAGUCAUCAGCAUCAACAGCUGGAAGCAACACAUUGUAAGAUCUCGAAAUCUAGAUGGUGCAAAAUCUAAACUGUUAGAAAAUAUGUCAGCUUCAGAGGUGUUCAUAGUAUUUGAUUGGGCAAUGAAAUAUCUACCCAGAAGGUACCGAGAGGAUCAAAGCAACUGGUUUGCCAAGAGGGGUAUUAAUUGGCACAUUAGUAUAGUAUUUCACAAAACAGAAAAUGAUUUAGAAAGUCUUGGAUUUGUCCACAUAUUUCAAAAUCAAAUAUCGCAGGAUUCCCGUACUACCAGUGCUGUCAUCUUAGACACUAUCAGAAGUGUGAAGGAAAAGUAUCCACAGAUAGAUGGAUUGCAUUUAUGGUCUGACAAUGCAGGAUGUUAUAAAAGCACUGAAACAAUCAGUGCACUGUUCCAUAGCGGAGAAGUUACCUCAUAUAACUUUUGUGAAGCACAGGAUGGUAAAGGUGCUUGUGAUCGCACUGCUGCUACACUAAAGUCUGGAAUAAGACGUUUCCUUAACCAGGGUCAUGAUGUUGUGACUGCAUCACAAAUGAAGAAAAUGGGCUGGUCUUUGAAGGAAGGAAGAAAAAAUGUGAGAUUUAAUGAUAAGCAAAAGCAAUUCCUUAUUGACAAAUUUAACAACGGAAUAGUAUGUGGUCACAAAGAAGAUCCUGAAAAUGUAUCAGAAGCAAUGAAAUUUUCUACAAACCCAGAUGGAAGUAAAAUGCUUAGAAUGGAGGAAUUUCUUACCCCUCAACAGAUAAUGAGCUUUUUUUCACGGCAUGCAAGAAAAAGUGAUGCUGCAAGGGAGCUGGUUAUUUCGGAACUACAGCAAAGUUUCCAAUAACAAUCUUAAUUAACAUUUACUAUGGCUGUUUCAUUAUGCAAAAUAUGCAAAAUAUCUGAUUUUUGGUUUGUAGAAAAUAGAUGAUCCUAACAAGCAGUUGUACAAUUAUAAUAAAUAUCUGCAAAUACUUUGAAAAGAAAUAAGUUAUGCCCACAAUAAUUGUAACCAAACAUUAUCAUGAUUAGCAUUAGCUAUUGAAACUUGCUUAGAAAUAAGAUAAUUAUCCAUGCCUUCACAAAUUUAUAGUUGCAAAAUUUACAAUAUGUAACAAAGAACACUUCUUCUUGAUGACAAAAUAUUCAAGGUUAACUUAACUCAAGGAAUUUAUUUUUUAAUUCAUAUUCUGCAUAAUACACAUGUAAUAAUUUCAAAUUCAAAUGACAAUUGUCAAACUUUUGGAAUAUAUGAUUCAAAAUUAUUGAAAAAUAUUGAUUUGAAUGUAAGCUUCAACAAUCAAUCAUUGAUGUAGUUAUUAUUACUCCCAUUAUUAACCUUAAUUAAAUCUAUUGUCUUGGUUUUUUUUCUUAAAAGAAAAACAUUGUAUAAUAUGCGUUAUAUCUUUUUAAUUUAUUGAAUUAACAAUUUGCAUGUAUAGAAUUUUAUGAUCUUUACAAAAAUUGUGUGAACCAAACCAUCAACCCUACUGCCAAAAAAUUAUAAAUGAACAACAAAUUUCUUCAUGAUUUAAUCGAGUUAGGGUGUUGCCUUUGAUAUUCUUCAACAACAUAAUUAUAAUACAGUCAUAUCAAAUUUGUUUCAUACAAACUAUUAAUCUAAGAAUAAUUAUAAAACCAAUCCAAUUCAUAAUUUUUGUUUUAUGGAUGGAAAUAUUUGUUUCUUAUUUUAUUAUAAAUAAAGUUGUAACUACUGCUGUAAAUGAGAUUUGAAGAAUUGAAAAAUUAUGUUUUUAAAUCUAAACUACAAGUUCUUAAUGUUACUAUGUUGAAUUAAAGCCUAGAAUACUGUUUGGUUGGUAUGCAAUAUUGGAGAAAGGUCAUUGGCCAAUAGCGUAUCUUUAAAACAGUAGGCUUUUCAUUAAUGAAAAUUAAUAAUAAAGAAUUUUCAGAUUGGCAGAUUGCAAUUUGAGAAUAAAAGGCAAUUUUUUGAAAGCUUAAUAUUAAGUUUGAUAUUCACCAUUCAAUUUCAAUCAAUUUCCAACCCCUUGCAUUUACAAUAUAUGUCUGUUUGGUUAAUUAGAAAAUGUAAGGAAAAGGUCGAAAGAUUAAGGUCAUUUGAAGGAUAAAAUCACCAUUUUUCAUAUUUAUAUUUAAUUAUUAUUGACUUAUUGAAGCAUUCAAUGUGUGUUUAUUAUUUUAUUUUCAUUUCUUGAACAAAGAUGAUCAUUUGAUAUGAAAAAAUUACAAAAUUGACCUGUAUAUGUUUGGAAAUGUAUUUAAGGAUUAAAAAAAAAAAAAAAAAAAAAUCAAAAA